UUCUCCCACAGCUUGUUGCUAUACAAACCACUUCCCCCAUCUGGGACUUAUGGGACCCUCCUCUUUUGUCUUCAGAUGAUCCCAUGCUCAUGAUCCACCUGUAUGACCCUUUCUUUACGCAGGGAGCCCAUGCAUUCAGUCUGCUUUUGUACUGGCAGGAAAUGGUAUUUUAGUGCAAUCCGGUGCCCCCUCCUAAGCGAUUACAGCUGAGGCCAGUGAGUGACAGGCUGUGUAACUAUGCCUGGGGAAGAUGAGGAUGCGCUGAGGGAACUGAGCGAGGUUCUGCCGCAAGAAGUGAGCUCCCUUUUCUCUGAAACCUACACAGAGGAAAGCCACUACGUGUUCUGCGGUCAGGAACUGCGUAUUACCCAGCACUAUGGCGCCAACCUCGGGGUGGCAGCGCCCGUGUGGGACGCAGCAUUGGAACUUUGUGGUUAUUUUGAAGAACAGAAACUAAAUUUUAAGGAGAAAAAAGUUCUUGAACUUGGUGCUGGAACUGGUAUUGUGGGCAUUCUGGCUUCCUUGCUGGGUGGCCAGGUUACGCUCACAGAUCUCCCACAUGCUCUGCCGCAAAUAAACAAAAAUGUCUCUGCAAACAUUCCUUUAAGCAAUGCCCCUAAUGUCUGUGCUCUGUCAUGGGGUGUCGACCAAGAGCAAUUCCCUCAGGACUACGACUUCAUCCUAGGAGCUGACAUUGUGUAUCUGAAGGCGACCUAUCCGCUCCUUAUCCAAACAUUACAGUUUCUUUGUGGACCUCACACUACUGUCCUCUUAUCCUCUAAGAUGCGUCAGGAGCAUGGCACGGUAGCUUUCUUCCAAGACAUGUUACCUAAAUAUUUUAUCUCAGAACUUGUUAAGAGAAAUGAAGAUAAGAAUAUAAAUAUAUACAAAGUGACACAAUGUUAUAACUGAGAACAACAGGGUUUCUAUGAUGUAUAAUGUAUUUCUUAUGGUGAAAGAUGGAUGCUCAAUGUUUACAAAGCAGAGUUGCAUUUGCCUUAAGUCAGAUUUUCUGCAAGUAACCUGCACUCUUAAAAUAUUUUUUGGAAUACAUCAAAUAUAUAUAUUUUUUAUAAAUGUUACAGAAGGCAUGUAUUGUUUGAUAUUGCUGCUGUUAAACUUGCAUUUUCUACAUAAAAAUAAAACUAAUUUUAUUUGG